GGAGCUGGUGAGAAACUAGUGGCUAGGGUGUAGGGUUGACUUGGAGCUGGUGAGAGACUAGUGGCUAGGGAGUAGGGAGUAGAGUUGACUUGGAGCUGGUGAGAGACUAGUGGCUAGGGAGUAGGGAGUAGAGUUGACUUGGAGCUGGUGAGAGACUAGUGGCUAGGGAGUAGGGAGUAGAGUUGACUUGGAGCUGGUGAGAGACUAGUGGCUAGGGAGUAGGGAGUAGAGUUGACUUGGAGCUGGUGAGAGACUAGUGGCUAGGAAGUAGGGAGUAGGGUUGAUUUGGAGCCGGUGAGAGACUGGGGAGUAGAUUGAUUUGGAGCCGUGAGAGACUAGGGAGUAUGGGCUAGGGUGUAGGGAGAAGGGUUGAUUUGGAGCCAUGAGAGACUAGUGCCUUGUUGUGGGUCAGUCAGCUGUCCAUGUUGACCCCAUAACGUGGUGUGACGCAACAGGUGUGCUUUGUGUGUCAGGGUCAAGCCAAGUGGUAUCUGUUACUUCACCAUCAUGCAGAGCUACGGUGUGUGAAUCAACAUCAACAACAUGCAGAUAUCUGACACUCAACUAUUAGAGGACCAUGAGCUCAGAUUCAUUACAUAGUGUUUUUAGAUUGGAGGAGAUUAUUUCAUAGAUUUACAGUAAAUGUCAAGUGGGGUAUCAAUAAAUGAAAGUUUUUUUCAAAUACAGUACAGUAAUGUUUUACACGUGGGAAUAGUCAAAAGCAAUGUCAGACAGACGUGUUGUUAUUUUGGGUUCUGUAUUGAAAUGAGCUAAUGUAUCGCGAUCCUAUGAUCGAGGUCUGUUCAUGUUUGGUCGGUGCCUGUGACCCCGUAUGCCACAGUGGGAGGGCCCAGGAGAGAGCGUGUUCACGGCCCCCUUGACGUGACAGCUGGGCGAAGCAGACUUAGACAGCAGUGGUAUCCCUCUCCUAAAUUAAGCAGUGUCAAACUGAACUGAAGUUGGGAACGAUUGGAAAUCCGCGUCAAACAAGUGUCUGUUCAGUUCCAACGAAACCUAUCUUAAAUUAAUCGUUCUAAAUAACCUGUGCUUUCGCAGUGCUGACUGAUCUCUGUGAGAUUGCAAAAACAUUCUCUAUAAAACAUUGUUGCCUACCGUUUACCGCAAAAAUGAUGAUGCACUCGUCUCAGAAGGACACAACCUACACAAAGAUAUUUGUAGGAGGUCUUCCAUAUCACACCACGGACUCCAGUCUCAGGAAAUACUUCGAAGUGUUCGGUGAUAUCGACGAGGCUGUUGUUAUAACGGACAGACAGACGGGCAAAUCCAGGGGUUAUGGAUUCGUGACGAUGGCAGACCGGGCGUCUGCGGACCGAGCCUGCAAGGACCCAAACCCCAUCAUCGACGGCCGGAAAGCCAAUGUGAACCUGGCCUACCUGGGGGCCAAGCCCAGGGUCAUGCAGCCAGGUGAGGGGAUGGACGCGCUGGCGGAGGGCUGCGCCACACGUUUAUUUCACAGCUCGGACGACCAAGGUUUCUCAUUUGGUGUUCCUCAAAUCCAUCCAGCAUUCAUCCAGAGGCCUUAUGGGAUCCCAGCCCACUAUGUCUACCCCCAGGCCUUUAUGCAGCCAAGCACCAUGGUCAUCCCUCACAGCAUGCAGUCGCCCGCCGCCACGGCCUCCGCCGCCUCCUCCCCGUACCUCGACUACACCGGAGCGGCCUACGCCCAGUACUCAGCCGCAGCCGCCAGCGCCGCGGCCGCCGCUGCCUACGAGCAUUACCCGUACGCAGCCUCCCCGGCCCCUGCGGGCUACAUGGCUGCAGCAGGGUAUGGGUAUGCGGUCCAGCAGCCUCUAGCAGCCGCAGCCACCCCGGGAGCAGCCGCAGCAGCUGCAGCCUUCGCCCAGUACCAGCCUCAGCAGCUUCAGGCAGACCGCAUGCAGUAACUGACCACAACUACUACUAUUACUGAGCCUGGAUAACAGAAGAGGGGGAGGCUAUAGAGAGGAGGGAGGAGGUCAUACUCACCCCCAGGACACUACAAGGGGAGAGGUGGGGGGAGAGUGUGAGGAGGGGGGAGGGAUGAAGAGUGGAGUGGUGGUCGUCAAUCCUUGGCUUUAGAACAUGCAGCGCUGCUACCAAAAGAGCCUGAAGAGAAUCAUCUCAUAACUGAAUAGAAUCAUCUCAUAACUGAAAAGAAUCAUCUCAUAACUGAAUAGAAUCGUCUCAUAACUGAAGAGAAUCGUCUCAUAACUGAAGAGAAUCGUCUCAUAACUGAAGAGAAUCGUCUCAUAACUGAAGAGAGUCGUCUCAUAACUGAAUAGAAUAGUCUCAUAACUGAAGAGAAUCAUCUCAUAACUGAAGAGAAUCGUCUCAUAACUGAAUAGAAUCGUCUCAUUAACUGAAGAGAAUCAUCUCAUAACUGAAGAGAAUCAUCUCAUAACUGAAGAGAAUCGUCUCAUAACUGAAUAGAAUCGUCUCAUAACUGAAGAGAAUCGUCUCAUAACUGAAGAGAGUCGUCUCAUAACUGAAGAGAAUCGUCUCAUAACUGAAGAGAGUCGUCUCAUAACUGAAGAGAGUCGUCUCAUAACUGAA